UUGGGAAAACUAGAGAGUCCCAUCUUCAGUUAUGGAUUCAUCUGUGGCUGUGAGCAGUGUAGUUUUUUGGGCCAAAUAGGAGACCAAAGUGGGGAUUCUGUGGGCCACUACAAGAACUGGAGACAUAAAAGAAAAGGAUUAGAGUAUUUAUUGUAAAUAGCCACAAGGAAAAAAAAAAAAUUACUCAGAUAGAAGAGGAGGAAAACGAAAGUUAUGGCGAGGAAGAGGAAAGUGGAAAGUAGCGCAGCGAUAGUAGAUGAGAGUGACAAAGUUUUGUAUUCAGCGUUUAGAAAUUCUGCUAAUGAACUCUCUCAAUUAUACUCUCAAGCAAUCAGUCAUAACAAGCUUUCUUUUGAAGCUGGACAAAGACAUGCUCUCGAGAAACUGAGUAACUGGAUGGCAGUGAAGCAGCAAGGUGGAAUGAUGGUGACACCAGAAGACAUUUCUACUUAUCUGCAGAGUGAGCUGAACAAUAUUUCCAAUGCUAGUUAUGACUCACAUGGUGGCCGGAAUGAGGUGAACUCAUCUAUCACAACUCCUGUCAUACAAAGCCAAGAUAAAAACCUAUGUUUUUCUUUCGAUUCAGAAAUGGAUACAACUCCCGAAGGAUCUGCUCACUAAUUUCUCAGUCUUUAUGAGAACUUGUAUAGAUUGAUAGAUUAAUUAAUGAGAAGAUAACACUCAAUUGAUCUGUCUUCUCCACUUGUGAAUCUUGGCAAAUUCAACUCUAUUCUUCUAAUCUCUAUCACACAUGAAGAUGGCUUCAUCUAUUUGCAUUCUCUA